AGCUGCGAUAUACGGUAACCCAAUUGACACAUUGACUCAGCUCAGGCCAGGAAAAAUUCCGUAAAUUUGGAGAAUUCUGGUAACGUGUUCUGCAUGCAUCUGAGGUAUUGAAUUUCCUAUUUAGUUACAAAUCGAUAGUUGGGUUCAUGGUCCUCUUGCGAACUAGAAUCUAGAUUCGGAGUAGACCUAGAUGUGACUGCUCGGUUAUGGUCCAGCUGAUAAUGGAACUUGGUCUUGGCUUGUCUACCUACCGUGGUACCGCCGCUAGUAGCCGGCAUCAGAUUCUGUGGCGCCCAAUGAAUGUGGCGCCGCCUAUCUAGACAGCCGGAAAACAAGAGCAUCAAGUGCCCCAGUGAGCAAGGGAAAGGGAAGUGAGUAUUCAAGGGGAAGGGCUAUGGUUACAAGAAGCAACCAAGAUAAACAGACUGAAGUUCGCUCUUAUGCAGUUGGUGUAGCCGCUAAAUGGGGAAUUCAAGUUCUUACAUUAGAAGAUUUGAAAUGGUUAAUUGGUAAACACAAGUCGAUAGUAUCUUCACAACAGCUAUCCAGAAGGGAAAAGCGAACUGCACCAUCUCGUCAGCUUAAGGAAAACUACAUUAAAUUGGAAGACAGGUCAAAGAGUUUUCAGCCAGUGGUCAAGCGUCCAUCUACGUGGCCAAGACCAGAUUUCUCUGCGUCCACUGGAUCUCCAUUCACCACGGAUGCCUUUAGUCCCCCAAGGACCCGGUCAGCGGGCCGCAAGACCAAUGCCCGUAAACCACCUGCACCUAGGGGCAGUACAUCACCACAAAAAAAGACUAGACAGCCCCGUCAGGUAGCUGCUUCCAAGAGAACUGUCCCACCCUCACCUGUCAAACCAUCACCAAGAGGAAGAUCACCACGAGUUACCAGGGCAACCAAGGGACCAAUCGUCACAUUUCAAUUGGCCAAGAUUCCUCCAGCCUCUGAAGUCAUUCCUAAACCCAAGCCAUUGAAGAAGGCCAAUGUUACAAUGAGGAAAGUGAAACGUCAGCUUGACUUUGAUGAUGUUAUCAUUCCAUCUCCUGUGAGCACGGCUAAAACCAAAAUAAUGAAGGCAACCAAGAAACUUGUUAUACUCAAGGAACUUCAAGAUCGUCUUGAUGGCAUUACAGAUCUAUCUCCCGUCAAGUCACCAGCAUCGAGACGUCAGCAGCCAGCUAGGGGGAAGAGAGGAUCCACUUCCCCCAGACCUGUAACUGUUUCACGUCUUGCUCGCCAGCUCAAGAAAGAAUUGCAUCAGACCUCACCUGAGAUAGCUCCCAUGUCACUUAGAAAUGGCAAGAUCAAGUUUGCUGCUUGUUGAACUUUGACAAAUCUAUAUCAUCAACUGAGAAAAUUCAAUUUCAUAUAUUCAUACAAUGCAAUAAUGUGAAUAAGAGCUGGAAAAUGUAUUCAAACAAUGACCAAACCUUCAGAAUUUCUUUUUCCCUGAAAUUAACAAAACAGUGCCAACAUGCCAUAUAUAUUUGUCUAAUGAAUAAAAAUGUUAAUACAUGGUCAAAUUUGUAGAAUAACAGAUGAUAUAAUGAAAAUAAAAAUCCCCCUAGAGAUAGGUAUGUGUUAAGAACUAAAUCAAUUUAUUCCUUUCAGAGUAUGUAUUAUGUUUAAAAAAUAUAUUUUAUUUGAAUGAAAUACUUCAAGUUAAGAACAGAGAGUGAAUGUAUCUUAUCAAAGCAGGUUUACUUUGUAGUAUUUUGAUUGUGUGCUGUUCAUUUACUUUUUGCUUUAUGUUUGAAUGAAAGAAGAAAAAAAACAUGAUUGUAAUAUUUUUUGUCACAGUUUUCAGAUAUAUAUAUAUAUCAGUAUUUGCCAAAUAUAAAAUUUGGAAAAAAAAACAUGAUAUAUUCUUUUUAUUUUUACUUAUAAACAAUUUGUUGUUGCAAGUUAUAAUUUGUUGUAGUUAACAUUCCAAGGGCUGCAAGGGCUGAUUAUUAAGAUCAGAGAGUUGUAUUUUUGUCUAAAGUUCGAUUUUAUUAAAUCAUCAGAAAAAGCCUUGGAGUUUGUAUUCCAAAAUGAGCUAGAGGGUCAUUAUAAUGGAAUCAAAGAUUUUUUUUCUUUGAAAGGGGUUAUUGGACUCUUUGUUUCAUAGGCUAUUGUGAAUGGAUAAAACACUUUCCAAUUUAGUAUGUUGGCCAAGGCUAAGUCAUUGACUUGAAUCUGAUCUAAGGCACAUAAAAGGAGACUGAAUCAAAUGAUUGCUGGCAAUUUCUUCUCUAAUUUGUUGAAUACUUUUUUUAAAUUCUAUUUUUGUUUAUGAUAAGAUUUAUUAUUCUUUUGUUUAUAUAUGAGUAAUGAUAUAAUCAUAUCUGUCAAAGUAUUCAUGGACAUAAUUAUAAAAAGAUGUGUAUGCAUGGAUGGCAGCCAAGUCCAGGGGCCAAGAUAAAAUGUUAGAGGGCAAAUGGCCCAAAACAAAAGCACCUCCGAUACCGUGCUACUGAUGUUUAGACAAAAUAAUAAUGUCUCUUAUUGAAAAGAGACUUAAUACUUAAACAAAACAAACAGGACUUUGCAAGCAAGCUACCCAUUUAAUUGUAAAUUUGGUACAUUAUAUAUGAUUUUUCUUCUUUCUCAUACCAGGAUUUUACUUAUACAUGCAUGGACAUACUUUCAUCUACCUUUCCUUUCAGUUUCUGUUUUACUUAUACCACAGAGAAAAGAAAUUAAUACAUGUAGCUUUAUCUUUUUUUGUCCAUAUUUCCAUAAUUUUAUUUUGAUAAAUGUAAGCUAUUGUUUUUUAUCGUUACUAAGAUAAACAUAGAUCAAAAUUAUUUGAGUGAUUUUUUUUUAAUUAUGACCUGGUAGCCAAAAAUUGAUCAUAUUUCUUAGCUGGGUUAUGGACCAAAAUGAUUGACCCAACUUUCUGGUUUACCUUCUUUAAUUAGCUGCAAUGUUUUCUUUCUGUUUGUCAAUAUAUAUAUUCAUCUAUUACUCUUUAUUUUGACUUCCUGUACUAUGCCAGUUUAUUUUGCCAUUAUUUUCAUAUUUUGAGACUUGAGUUUAAAGUCACAUUGAUUUCCAUAUUAUGUCACAGCUUCAUCUACUACAGUACUGCUUUAACAUGUGGUCUUUUUGUAUUUCAUUAUUUAUUUUAUUUUACUUUUAAAUAAACUUAUUUGAACUGAUAAA